AUGUCCGAAGAUCGUCCCAAGAUAUCAACAGCUCCUGAAGCCCACGAGACGCCAGUCGUGACCGGGCAACACUCGAGCAAGCGACAAUGGAGACCUUACUUGGUCGAUGUAAUGUUGAACAUUGGCCUUGGAAGCAUGUCCUUUGGCUAUUCUUCUGGUGUAAUUGGUCCAACAAUUGCCCAACCGUCUUUCGUUGAAUAUUUCGAUCUUGCCACCAGAUCAGAUUCCACCAGCCUCAUCUCGUGCAUGAAUUCGCUUUUUUUCGCUGGUGCGGCCAUCUUCAUAUUGACGGUCCCAAUUUUCGCAGACAGAUGGGGCAGGCGAGCUGCCGUAGCAGUGUCAGCUGCAAUUAUUGUCAUAUCUGGGGCCGUAAUGGCAGGAUCUGUCAAUGUUGGCCAAUUUAUAGUCUUCCGCUUUGUAUCUGGGGCCGGAACAUAUAUGAUGAUCUCGGCAGUAACACUCUGGAUGACGGAGAUCGCGCCUCCUGCAGUCCGGGGAGUGUUUGUUUCCCUUGUAGGAGCCAGCUUACUGUUUGGUUACUCCGCCUCUGCCUGGGUAGGCUACGGCUUCUAUCAUUUGGACAGCCCCCACGCCUGGAGAGCCCCUUUCGCUUUUCAAGGACUGCCUGCUCUCGUCUUACUUGCACUUCUUUACUGGCUACCAGAAUCUCCCCGUUGGCUUAUGCUAAAAGGCCGCUAUGAGGAAGCCAGGAACAAUCUUUUGAAACUCCACACUCCAGAAGAAGCGGGUGUCGAGUUCACCCAAAUCCGCUUACAGGUUGAAGUCGACAAAAAUCUCGAAGAUUCGUAUUGGGCAAUGUUUGCAAACAGAAAUUACAGGAAACGGACUCUGAUCGGAAUGGGGACCUUUGCCAGUAUUCAGACGUCCGCCAUCUUGGUGAUCAAUAACUACGGCCCUAUGAUUUAUGGCACGCUUGGCUUCGACAACAAGACGCAACUCUUAUAUGCAGCAGCCUGGCUCACUCUCGGCUGGGGUGGUGGGUGCCUCGCUCUCCUUGUGGUCGAUAAGAUACCGCGGCCGAAAUUCAUCGGUUACGGUCUCCUCGGGUGCCAGGCAUGCCUCAUCAUCGAGGCGGCAUUGGUCGCUAACUUCGUGGGUACCAACAACAUGACUGCUCUCAGGGCUGCAGUUGCGAUCCUAUUCAUCUUCGUCUUCAUUUACGAGUUUGCAUUGGAUAGCGCCCAAUUUGUCUAUCUGGGUGAAUUAUUCCCAACCCACAUACGGGCCAAGGGGGUGUCACUGGGUUGCGGAACACUUGCAUUGAUGAAUGUCAUAUGGUUGUCUGUUGCACCAACCGCUUUCAAUGAUAUUGGGUGGAAAUUCUAUUUGUGCUUUAUUAUUCCGGGAUGCUUUUGUGCCUUUGGGAUUCUGUACUUUUUCCCAGAUACUCUCGGUCUGCCACUGGAGGAGAUAGAUGCGAUUUUUACGGAUAAGGAAACGAUCCUUAGUAUCCCGAAUGGCGAGGUAGACAUGGUCCAUACAGGUGAACUCACUGAUUUCAAAGAGGUCUAA